AUGAAGGGACGCGCGGUCUCCCCGGCCAUGUCUGAGAACGAGGUCGACAUUGCCGGCUCAUUGUUCGCCAAUGACGCCGACAGCGACAACGAAGUGGAAGUUGACAAGACGCCCGCGCAUCUCGACUUUGGUGAUCUCCUCAACAAUGGCGAUUCGGACGAUGGCGAGGGGGAUGAGGCGUUCAUUUCUCUGCAGCAGCGGCGUUCCAACAGGAAGACGGGUAACUUGCAGGGCAAAUCGGCGAAGAAGAGCGGUGGUUUCCAGGCCAUGGGCCUGAACUCAAAUCUCCUCCGAGCCAUCACCCGUAAGGGCUUCUCAGUCCCCACCCCGAUCCAGCGCAAAGCGAUCCCUCUCGUCCUCGAGCGCCGCGAUGUCGUGGGCAUGGCCCGUACCGGUUCCGGCAAGACGGCCGCCUUCGUGAUCCCCAUGAUUGAGCGUCUGAAAGCGCACAGCGCGCGGGUUGGUGCCAGGGCUCUCAUCAUGUCGCCGUCUCGUGAAUUGGCGCUGCAGACCCUCAAGGUUGUGAAAGAGCUGGGCAAAGGUACGGAUCUGAAGACGGUCUUGUUGGUUGGUGGCGACAGUCUGGAAGAGCAAUUCGGGUUGAUGGCCGCCAACCCGGAUAUUGUCAUUGCGACACCCGGCCGUUUCCUGCAUUUGAAGGUAGAAAUGGGCCUGGAUCUAUCGUCUAUCCGCUACGUUGUCUUCGACGAGGCCGAUCGGCUGUUCGAAAUGGGCUUCGCCGCCCAGCUUACCGAAAUUUUGCACGCCCUACCACCAUCUCGUCAAACCCUGCUCUUCUCAGCGACUCUCCCGUCAUCCUUGGUCGAAUUUGCUCGGGCCGGCCUGCAGGAGCCAAGCCUUGUUAGGCUAGAUGCUGAGACAAAAGUAUCUCCCGACCUCGAGAGUGCGUUCUUUUCUGUCAAGAGCGGCGAGAAGGAGGGUGCGCUCCUUCACAUUCUACACGACGUCAUCAAAAUGCCCCUAGGUCUGCCGGAAGGCGUUGAGGAGGAAGCAGACGACGACGAGCAUCACUCAAGGAAACGAAAGCGCGGCUCGGACCGGCCCAACAGGAGAGAACGGCCCACCGAGCACUCGACCAUCAUUUUCACAGCUACCAAGCACCAUGUCGAGUACAUCGCGCACCUCCUCCGCCAUGCUGGGUUUUCUGUUUCCUACGUGUAUGGUUCCCUCGACCAGACGGCCCGAAAGAUCCAAGUAGACAAUUUCAGGAGGGGGAGGACCAACAUCUUGGUCGUGACAGAUGUUGCUGCCCGUGGUAUCGAUAUCCCCGUACUCGCCAACGUCAUCAACUACGACUUCCCCCCUCAGCCCAAGAUUUUUGUCCAUCGUGUCGGCAGAACUGCUCGUGCUGGCCAGCGCGGUUGGGCAUAUGCGCUCGUGAAGGAGUCCGAUCUCCCCUAUCUUUUGGAUCUCCAGCUUUUCCUUGGCCGGAAACUGGUUGUCGGUCAAGAGGUCAAGGAGCCGUCCUACGCCCAAGAUGUUGCCGUCGGCACUCUGAUGCGGGCCGAGUUGGAGAACAACAUCGAGUGGGUGAAGAAGGUACUAGGCGACAUGGACGACAUCGAGGCACUCCGAGGCGUAACCCUCAAGGCCGAAAAGCUUUACAUGCGGACCAGGAACUCGGCGUCCAGCCAGAGCGCCAAGCGUGCUCGUGAAGUGAUUGCUUCAAGAAGCUGGACCCAGCUACACCCCCUGUUUGGCGAGUCGGCCGCCAACGCCGAAGAAGCCCGGGAUAGCCUGCUCUCGAAGAUCAGCGGCUUCAAGCCGCAAGAAACCGUCUUUGAGAUUGGACCCCAGGGCAAGUCGGCCAAGAACAAGGCCGCCGAGGUGAUGCGCAGUUUCCGGGCCAGAGUUGGUCCGCGGCGAAGUAAGAAAACGGAUGAAGACACCGAGAUGGCCAACGUGGAGGGUGGUAGUGAUGAUGAUGAUGACGACGAAGCGUCGCCCCAAAAGGGCAAAGGAGGUGAUGCUCUCGAUGUAUUCAACGACGACGACGACAACGAGCAGCCAGAACCAAACAACGAAGAUGCCUGGGAAGACGACGCCUCCGACUCCGAGCUCGAAGUAACCGUAACCAGCAGCAGCAAAUCCAAAAAGGGCCAAACCUCCUUCGAAGACCCCGAAAUCUUCAUGUCCUACACCCCGCGCACCACCAGCGCCGCCGAAGAGCGCGCCUACGGCGUCAACUCCGGCGGAACAACCCAAUUCGUCGAAGCCGCCCGCGACGCCGCCAUGGACCUAGCCAACGACGACGGCGCCAAGGCCUUCGGCCUGCCGACCCGCUCCAAAAUGCGCUGGGACAAACGCCACAGCAAGUACGUCGCCCGCGCCAACGACGACGAUGGCUCGCGCGGCGCCAAGAUGGUCCGCGGCGAAUCCGGCGUCAAGAUCGCGGCGUCUUUCCAGAGCGGCCGCUUCGACAAGUGGCGCCGCGCUAACCGCCUCGGCCGUCUUCCGGGUGUGGGCGAAACCGAAAAGUCCAACCUCGUCCGCCACUUCAACUCGGGCGGCCCUGGCGGCGGGCCUGGAGGAGGAGGAGGAGGCCCGCGGUAUAAGCACAAGCAGGAGAAAGCGCCGAAGGACGCCGAUAAGUUCCGGGAUGACUAUCAUGUGCGGAAGAAGCGGGUGGCUGAGGCUAAAGAGAAACGGGUGGGCAAGUACAAGGAUGGCGAGGGCAGUCGGCGGGAGCUCAAGAGUGCGGUGGACAUUCGCAAGGCGCGGCAGGUGGCGGAACGCAAGCGGGAGAAGAAUGCGCGGCCGACGAAAAAGGCGAGGAGGUAA